GUGACAGUUUGUUUCUAUACGCCAAUUGUAAGCAAUCGUUCCGUGUGUAAGCCGUGUAAACUGUAAAGUUUUUUUUGCAUUCGAUGCACACAAUAGCGAUACUUCUGAAUUGUAGCAUAUCGUCACGUUUGCUGCGCGUUAAAUUCUGCGACUUAAAGAAUUUCUUUAAAUACACGCAGUAGUCAAUUUCAGACAUUAGCAAUAUUGUGAGUUAACAGUGUUUUGCCAACAAAGUGCAAAAUAUCUCAAUUUUCGACAUAACCUGUUCUCCAGUUCUUGGAACCGUGCAUGCAGUGAGACCUUGAUAUCUUGAAGUUGUUCAAUUGAAGACAGUUGUUAUAGGAUCAUGCUGGAGGAGACGAGGCGUUAACGUGCGAUGGACAACGGCGGAGAGGGCGUGUUAGACAUAAUACACAAUGAAGGAGACCCUCCAUCCCACCUGAAUAUUAGUGAUGUCAUUGAAGCGAUUACGAAGGCGGAUCCGGUUUACGCAGGCGUAGACGCGAUGUCGCGGACGCCUGCGCCUGACCCGCUUGGUGCCUUGCGCUAUGUGAGGAUCGUUGAGCAGCCCGCCAGCAAAGCACUUAGGUUUCGAUAUGAAUGCGAAGGUCGGUCAGCGGGUUCGAUACCCGGCGUGAACAGCACGUCAGAGAGGAAGACAUACCCUACAAUAGAAAUAUGUGGACACAGGGGACCGGCCAUUGUCGUGGUGUCUUGCGUUACCAGAGAUGAACCAUUUAAACCUCACCCACACAAUCUGGUGGGUCGCGACCGCUGUGAUAAAGGCGUGUGCACGGUGCGAACGAAUAUAAGCGAUGACAAUCGUAUAUCGUUCAGCAAUCUUGGUAUACAGUGCGUGAAACGGAAAGAUGUUGCCGACGCCCUCGCUGUUAGAGAGAAGCUCAGGGUGGAUCCCUUUAAGACUGGUUUCCACCAUCGAAACCAACCACAGACGAUAGAUCUGAAUGCUGUGCGGCUGUGCUUCCAAGUAUUCUUGCCAGAUGAAGCAACAGGCAAGAUUCGACACUCGCUACAGCCGGUGGUAUCUGACGUGAUCUUUGACAAGAAGGCCAUGAGUGACCUGGUCAUCAUGCGUCUUAGUCACUGUUCCGCGCCGCCACAAGGAGGCAUGGAGAUGUUCUUGCUUUGUGAGAAGGUUGUUCGUGAGGACAUAGCAGUGGUGUUUUACCAAAAGGAAGGUGAAAUGGUAGUAUGGGAGGAAACUGCCAACAUUCAACUUGUACACAAGCAGUACGCUAUUGCCUUCCAUGUUCCGCCUUAUCAUAAACCGAACAACCCACAUCCUGUACAGGUAUAUAUCCAGCUGAAGCGGAUAUCGGACAACGCCCGAAGUAACCCCGUGCCUUUCGAAUAUAUAGCAGAUUUACAAGGUACCCCGCCUGCCGCUCGCAAGCCUCUUCCAGACCUCACCGCUCUUGCCGCCCUUCUCAAGCCGGACGGCAAUAAUAACACUAACACACACACAAACGACACAGACAUACUCGAUGCAGACACACACACGCUCGUCACCUCUUCCUCUGACAACUCAGAUGAGAUCGAACUCGUCGAUAGCGUCGAAAGCAAUGACGCUGUUGACGGUGAUGUUAUUGAAUGCGAGAUAAUUGAAGAACCUCACACUAACGGAGUUCUUGACAAUGAAAAGAGUCUAAACGACCUCCUCGAACAGGUCGCUGAAUUAGAUGAGAUAUAUUCUGAAAACAGAACGCGACUCGAGAACAUUACUAUUGUAAAUGAUACGGAAGAUGUUGACGAUUUUAACGACGCCGGAACGUACACAAGCCUACAGUUAGCGUUCAAAAAUCCAGUUUCUAUCACUGAACCCGAACCGUAUGAGGAUGUCCAAGUUCAAACGUACCGCGGUCCGAUUAUAGAAUUUACUCCCCUCAAAGGUGGCGACGAUGAUGAACGGGCUCCACCGCUACCACCCAAACGGGUCCGUAAAAAUUCAGACGCGUUCAGAACUAGUCAAACGUCCGUCAAUAGCAUAUUGAAACCGGGUAGAAAGCUGCCGGUCACCCGAAAUCGCGACAUCUUAGCACCGCGUAGUGAAUUAACCCUUGCAAAAAGUGAGCCCGCGUUGCCGCCCGCGCCUAAAAAACGUUCGUUCUUCUCGCGCUUGUUCCGACGAAAGGAGAAAUCUCCCGCCCCGAGCAUUAAAUCUGAAGGGCAGAAAGAUGUUAAUACUAAACCCAUAGGCCGAUCCGUCAGUAGCGUAUCCGGUAUUCGUCCGUCGAAAUUUAAAUCGGCAAUAUCGCACACAUCCCUGAAAGAUAACGCGUCUGCGGCCGGCUUGAGUUACGCCGAUAGCGUGACGCACAUAUCGCUACACGAAGAUAUGGACGAAAAGUCGUCCCAAAGAUCUUUAAAACGGCCUGCCAGUCUGGCUCCCCUUCCUCCCACUGAUGGCGGUACAAUUCUUGUCGCAGAAAGCGUUUUAGCUUUAGAUGCGUCUGCGUUUAAAAAGUUGCAGGACGACCUCGAUCUAACUGAGGCUGAGCACUACGCUCUUUAUAUGGCAGUGGCGCCGCACGCCACAGCGUCUGAAUUCGAUGAAACUAGUUGCUAUUACUCGCCGGUAGAUGGCAGCAAAUUUCAUAACCAAUAGGCCGUAAGACCGCCAUGAUUGUUUUGGGUUUAAACAAUACAGAAAUUAUCUUCUUCCCCCAUUAUUGGGUUAUGGGAAUUCAAAUAGUUCUAUCAUAUGCUGUAAGCAUCCAUCGUACCUUUUAUGCUUAAAUUCUUACGUUCUUACAUUAGCAUAGUUAUCCAAAUAAUUCUAAUAAUAUAGGCUAUAGCAUAUUUUCGGUUACGUAAACAAUAUCGCGGGAUAAGAAAAACAUAGUAAAGAAUUGAAUUUAACUUAGUUUAAAUAGAUAAAUGCGCCCGUUUAGCCAAAUUUUUGUAUACCUUUACACUGCGUGUGCGAUGUGUGCGUAGAAGGUGAAAAUUUGUUGGUUUUAUUACAAACCGACACUAUUUUCUACACUAUAGGACAAAGUCCCAUUAUUUAAUAUUCGAAGUUAUUAAAGUUAACUGUACUAGUCGUCCUCCAUUACCUUAAUAAAUCAUUUUAGGUUU